AUGUCCACCAUCAUCCACGGAAAUAUUGUGUCCACCCGAACGCAACGGGUUCUGCUGCUUGUGGAGGAGCUGGGAAUUGAGUACGAUUUGCACACGUUGCGUUUCGACAAAGCAGACCACCACGCUCCCGACUACAUCAAGAAACACCAUCCAUUUGCCAAAGUCCCUGCAUUUCAGGAUGCCGACAUCAAUCUGUUUGAGUCAAGGGCAAUCUGUCGUUAUCUCGCCAGCAAACAUCGGUCUGAACUAGGCCCACCGGCAGGAGACGUCAAGGCUCUGGCACUUUUCGAGCAAGCAGCCAGCGUCGAAGCCUCAUAUUUCGAGCCUGCAGUCGAAAAGCUCGGGUUUGAGCUAAUCUUCAAGAAGGUCCUUGGUCUUGGAGAAACCGAUGAAGCAUUCGUGGACCAACAAAAAGCUCAGUUGAUGAAUGUGCUCGAUUACUAUGAGAAUAUCUUAUCUGAACAAGAUUACCUUGCUGGAAAUACCUAUAGUUUGGUUGAUCUCUUCCACCUUCCAUGGAUCAGUUUUAUCCAGAACCGUCUACAGUUAUCUGAUGAAAUCGAGUCUAGGACAAACACCAAGGGUUGGUGGAACAGGGUAAGCCAGCGAGCGGCCACUAAGGCUGUCUUUGUCAAGAUGAGCCAGGCCUGA